AUGGGGCUCGCAAGUGAAGCUACCCUAGCAGAAACAGUUGUUGAAGUGACCCUUCUGUUGUUUUCCUGUUGUGGGACUGUCCUGGCAAACAUCAUGGUACUUAUUGUUGUGGCUACAAAAGAGAAACUUCAGGCUCCAACAUACUUCUACUAUUUGAGUCUGGCUGUCUCCGAUUUUAUUUUGGGUAAGGAAGUACAGUAUUGGGUUUUACUUUUGAGUUUCUUUUGUUUUCUUGUUUUUCAUUUUUCGUUUUUUCUUUGUUGUGGCCUUUGUUUUAUGGUGCACAAUAUAAACGUCUGGAUCUACCUGUAAUUUGGCCAGCCAAUGAAGUUUAUUUAUGGAUUUGUCUGUUUUUCAUUCAUUAUGUCGAGUCUUUUUUGUGUUUUUCAUUAAGUUAUUCAGUUAAGAAGGUUGUGUAACUUGUCUAUUUUUUUUAAAAAUAAACAAGCUACAGUGAGGUGAAACCGACAACACUCAACUGACAGCUUUGUUAUGAAAACCCACUGAUGACGUUUACAAAUGUACUGAUUCUGCGACCAUGCAGACUUAGCAUAAGGUGUAGAGUGAAAACAGCACACGGUCAACACAUAAUAGAAAAUUUAACAUCCAGAACAUUGCCAAAUGUUCCUAUAAUUUUUCCUUUCUUUCCUUAAGGUGUGUUUUGCAUACCGCUAGUAAUAGCGGCAUUCGUUUUGCACCGUUGGCCAAUUGGAGACAUCUUGUGUCAGUUAUACGCUGUUCUCAUCAGCGUGUCAGUGAACUGUUCCGUUGUGACGCUGGCCAUAAUCAGUGUGGACCGUUAUUUCGCCCUCUCAAAACCAGUGGAGAGCAGAGCCCAUCUGACCUUCACCAAACGACGCUACAAACUGAUCAUUAUCGCCAGCUGGCUGCACUCGGUGUUCUGGGCCAGCGGUCCGUUAUUCAAAUGGGGAAGCACAAAGUUGGACGAGUUUACACACACUUGCAAACCCGACUGGGGAGGGGAAGGGCUGGCUAAUAAAACCUACGCAUUGUGUUUGGCGUUUUUCGCCUUCGCAGUGCCAGUCGGCGCAAUGAUAUACGCCUAUUACAAGAUCUAUUGCAUAGCAAGGGCUUCGAAGAGAGCCGCAGCUCGUUAUGAUCCCCAAAAGGAAGAGUCACCGCAAGGUGAGCGCGUUCCACUGAAAGAAAGCACUGCUACAAAACACACAAAUGCUGCUGCAACUGCUGACGACAACAAAGCCCUGAAGACGGUCUUGUUGCUGAUUGGUUCAUUCGCUGCCUGCUGGUCGAUCUACACCCUAGCAACCGUCUGGAGGAUAUUGGCGUCAAAUUCCGUUCCCCCGUGGAUUGUUCGCGUUGGACUGGUACUUACUCUCUGUAACUGCUGCAUCGACCCGUUCAUAUAUUCAAUCCGAGAUGAGAAGAUGAAACGAGAAAUCAAGGAAAUGAUCUGCAAAAUUCUGUGUAGAAACACAUGA